AUGAGCAAAUUCAUCCCAAUCAUCACCGGCAAAGAAACCACCACGCACCGGUCGGGAUGUGAGAGCCGCUUCAGUAACUUCGAAUCAUUCAUCAAAGACAUGUCUGCUGCACAGCCUGCCCUGUACCAUGGAGCGAAGCCAUCUGCGAUCCACCAGCACGUCCGGAGUGACCUCAACCGACACGUUAUUCCCACCAGCUCGGGUAUUCGUCCUGCUGCGCCUCAUUUCUUCAUGGAGCUCAAGGGUAAGGAUGGACUUAUUGCCGAGUCGGAAGUCCAGGUCAUCCAAGAUGGAGAACCUGGAGCCGUUGCUAUCGACAGGCUACAGAACUACUGCACCGUGGCGCUCACCUACGACAACAUUGGAUACACCCUUACUACAACCUAUGAAGCCGCAAACGGCACGCUCAGCAUCUUUGCCGUGCAGGCGAGCCUGUAUACCAUACGACUCUCGUGA